AUGGAAUGUGUCGUCAGCCCCACAGCUAUUUCUGCGCCAGGGUGAACGCACGUGUGCACGUUGUAGCAUUUCUCACAUACAACGAAUUAUCAUUAUGGAGGACACAAGUAAGGAAAAAUAGGGAGCUAUCAACACACGACUACAUUAGAGGCACGACAUACAUUUUUUCGAAGUACACAAAUUUUUGACUUGUGUCACUUCGACUACGCGUCCUAGCGCAAGCACAACAGACGUGCUGUUCUCCAUUUCUGUGUAAGUUUUCAAACCUCCACGACCGAAUAUCCAUUUUGUCAAAACUUUCUCUCCGAAACUGAAUUUUGCUGCAUGUUCCGACUGCUAGCUACUCGCUUGUUUACAGACACCAGCUCCGAAGACAAGAUGCCAGCAGCUUCUGAUCGAAGUGGGGAAGAAAAGCACGACACCGCCAGCACCACGGCCCAGCUCGUGCCAUUGACCGCGGUCCGUGCGAAAUCCGCCAAGGAGAUGCAAUUUCAGAUCGGAAAGCAUGUCCUGGAAAACAUCGACACCAUUGCGGCGCGCCAGAUCAACAAAUUGUCGAUCAACACCUGGGAGCUGUGUGGGAUGAAGAAAAUGCGUUGCGGAUCGUCUCAGCUUUUCGGCGUGGGGCAGGGGUUGAAGUUGAAAAUCUUAGAGUUUUUGGGAAAUGACCUCUCCGCCCAGAUUGCGGCCCACGUGGAUACGUUGUUCACGGAAAAAGUGCGCAAGGCUCAGUCAAUCCGGCAUGAGAAGAGAUGCGUCGCGGUAUUGGAGAAGAUCAUGAAAGAUAUUUGGGGUAAGGUUGAGAGCGGUCACGGGUACACCAAGAGUAUGAAUUGGCUGUGGAACAAUGGAGAGGACGCCCUUUGCAAAGUUGCUUUCCCCGAUGGUGGAGAGCAGGUCGACGUCCAUGCAUUUUUCGCCUUCGACAAUCGCAAAAUGGAAAAAAUGAUCAAAGACGCUGGCCUCGAAAUUAAGGCUAUUACUUGGUGCAGCGUGUCGCACUCCCAAUAUGGUUAUCGGCUACAACUUGGCUGGUGAUAAAGAAUCACGCCGGAGGUCAAACAAGUUGAUCGAGCCCGAUAUGGAGGAACAGGAAAGCGUUCAUCUUUACUUUGCUAUAGUAAAAAGUUUUUUUUAAAGUUGUACUCAUUCCAUGGUGUUGUACGCGAGUUCCGUAGUCGUUUUGAAGAACUAUACCUAUGCUUUUUUGUUGUUUAUCUUUCAAUAGCUACAGUGGAGGACCCAAUCUGAUCACGAUCUUGCCUUUUCGGUGGAUGUGUGCAGCUCACCCACCAUCACCCAUGCUGUAUUCACGACAGUCAAGACCUUCUGGCUGUACCCCAAUGACGUGGUCACGAAAGGACGAACCGAAGACUUUCCGCAUCGCUCUGCAACGAAUAGAGCGGCUGUAUUUAGUUGUUGAGACAGACACAGAUCGGCGACAUAGCAUCAACAAUCGAGGCCGUACGUACCGCUAAUCGUCUUUUGUCCAAGGAAGCAAUCUAUAGUUCUCUGCCUUCCCCCUAAAAGAAUCACAAAAGCACAUUAUCGCGUUACCAAAACAAUGUGGACAUGCCGAAGGCUAUUUCCAUUCUAAAGCUAAAGAGCCCGAGGCAGAUACUUGAAUAACCUUAACCUUGAGAAAACGUGUUUUCACAUACAUUAAUAAAAAAACGAGGAUUUAUUUCGUGGUGGCAAAACCACUUGAGUCCCCUACUACGUACGUCUAGACUGUCACAACUUCCAGCUACGAGCAGGAAGUAGAGGUUCUAUUUUUGGGAAAGCCACCCUUAACCAGUGUCCAGUGGUGGUAAAACCACAGAUAUGUUCCCCCGCACGAGCAGCUAGACGUUCCGCAAACUCAUUUUUUUUCGCGCAAGAAGAACAACAAGAAAAAAUUGUCGAACCGUACCUCCACAAAUUCAGUGGACUCAUUCUGAAUGUACGAUUUGUUUGCCCGUUUUCAAGAAAAA